AUGCUGUUUUCCAGAAACCAAGUCAUCCGCAAUAUACGAAGAAAGCCGUUGAUAUUGGUUGGGCUCGUCUCGCUUGUUGCUCUUGUUUACUUGGCGUUUGUUGGAACCACGCUGGCGCCAGGACAGAGAUCAACCAAGAAGUACUCUUACAGCAAAAAGGGCGGCCUGUGGCUCGGGAGCAAGAACAAAGAUCUGGUCAUUUUGCAUAACCUACCAGACAACCACAUUCUGCACUAUGACUUGAACAAAUUGGCUGCCACAGCUGAUGUCUUGGGCAACGAAGGAGAAGUGUUGAUUUUGACCCCUAUGACGAAAUUUUUGCCCGAAUACUGGGCCAACUUGAACAAGCUUAGUUACGACCAUAGCAUGAUUUCGCUAGGAUUCAUAUUCCCAAGGAAUGCCGAGGGUGACCAAGCACUUAAACUGUUGGAACAGGCAGUUAAGCAAACUCAGGCAACUAAAGGUAGAUUCAAGAAAAUUACCAUAUUGAGACAAGACACGGAUGCAUUGGAUCUGCAGCUUGAAAAGGAGCGUCAUGCUUUGAAGGUGCAAAAAGAGCGUCGUGCCAUGAUGGCCGUUGCCAGAAACUCAUUGCUAUUUACCACCAUAUCACCAAAGACUUCAUGGGUGCUCUGGUUGGAUGCCGACAUAGUCGAGACACCGCCAACCUUGCUUCACGACAUGAUGGCACACAAAAAACCCGUCUUAUCCGCCAAUGUUUACCAGCGUUACCUUGAUGAGAACGGAGCGUCCGCUAUCAGACCGUACGACUUCAACAACUGGAUCGAGUCUGAGGAUGGGUUGAAGAUUGCCGAGGGCAUGAACGAUGACGAGAUCAUUGUUGAAGGCUACCACGAGUUAGCCACUUACAGACCUUUGAUGGCGCAUCACUACGACGACAAGGGCGACAAGAACGCUGAGAUGCCAUUAGAUGGAGUUGGAGGUGGUGCCGUGUUGGUGAAUGCCGAUGUCCACAGAGACGGUGCCAUGUUCCCACCUUUCCCAUUCUACCACUUGAUUGAAACUGAGGGUUUUGCCAAGAUGGCCAAGCGUUUGGGCUAUGAAGUGGUUGGUUUGCCAAACUACUUGGUCUACCACUACAACGAAUAG